AUGCUGGAGGACUGGCGGUCUCUGGCCAGUAAGAAGCGCGGCGGCGGGGAGUCGCAGGACGGGAGAGUCAAGGCGCUGCUGGUGGCCGCCUACUCUCUGAUCAUUGUGAUCUCCCUGUUCGGGAACACUCUGGUGUGCCAUGUGGUGGUUAAAAACAAACGCACCCUGUCCGCCACCAGCUUGUUUAUUAUGAACCUCGCUGUGGCUGAUAUCUUCAUCACUGUCCUCAAUACGCCUUUCACCCUGGUCCGGUUCGUGAACAGCACUUGGGUGUUUGGGAGGACAAUGUGUCACAUCAGUCGCUUUGUACAGUACUGCUCUCUGCACGUCUCCACUCUCACACUCACCGCAAUCGCACUGGACCGUCGGCAGGUGAUUUUGCACCCUUUGAGACCUCGCAUGUCCCCAACACAAGGCGGUUUCUGGGUCGCUGUUAUCUGGAUAAUGGCCAGCUGCUUCUCCCUCCCUCAUGCAAUCUACCAAAAACUCCUAACUUUUACAUACAGUAAGGAAAACGAGCGCAGCCUGUGUGUCCCAGACUUCCCAGAGCCAUCAGAUGUCUACUGGCAGUAUAUUGACCUCCUGACCUUCAUAUUACUUUACAUGCUGCCACUCCUCAUCAUCUCCGCCUCCUACACCACAGUGGCCUGCCGACUGUGGCGCCAAAAUGCCAUUGGUGACACCACAACAGCUCAGCAUGCCGCCCACAGAAGAAAGCGGCGGCGAACGUUUGCCAUGUUGCUCCUGGUGGUCGGGGUGUUUGCUGUCUGCUGGUUCCCACUUAACUGCUACGUGGUGCUGCUGUCCAGCCAGGCUAUCCACUCCUCUAACGCCCUGUACUUCUGCUUUCACUGGCUGGCUAUGAGCUCCACCUGCUACAACCCUUUCAUCUACUGUUGUCUGAACCCCACCUUCCGCCAGGAGCUGAGGCUUCUCUUCGACAUGUGCAGGAGGAAACGGAAGGCGGUGGUCGGGAUGGAGCCAGAGCUCCGCCCUGUAGCUGCUCCUUGUCACAGGACUGCUUGGCCUGACAACGACGAAUCCUCGAGGGCAAGGCACGCUUUGGGCCAUGCCUCCUCACAGCAGAGUCAAGUCCUCACAGGAAGAACUGACAUCCUCUCAGUGGAGCCCAUCGUGGCUGUAAAUUGACUGGAAAUAACUGCCACAAUGUGAUGGGAUUAUGGUGUUUAAGAUUCCUCAGCACAUAAAAGAUUACAUUACGUACGGGUGUUCUGGAGUAUGCCCAGUUGUCCAUUUUCAAAUUUCCAUUUUUUCUGUGCACUUUAAUGACUCCUGCUCCAUGUCUGCUUGACAAUUGAGAUUAAAAGUUCAUUUUUGAGCUUGGAAACAACAGCUGAAAAAAAAAUCUCACCACAAGGUCCAUUCAGUAGGUGUUCUGGAGAUCAAGUCCAACUUUUUUAAAUUGUCUUAAUUCAAUCAGGAGAGACUCCGUUGCAGAUAUGCAAACAUUUAUUACUAAGAUAUAACCAAGUAGGUACAAACAAUUAUUUGGAGAUUAGUCUUCAUUGUAAAGGGGUAUCUAUACAAAUCUAAUGUGUUGGAAAACCAAACACAUCCCACAAUGGAAACUAGACACUGAUGGUGGUGAGAAGAAUCCGAAGACUGAACACGAGCCGCCAGCCAGGAGAAGACCAAGAACACCGUUGAAAAGGCCCGGAGGUGGAAGGGGAGGAGGCGGGUCGCACUCGUCUGAAAAUACAACUGACAGAAGCAAGAGAGAGAACAGAUUUAAAACAAGGUAGACUGCUGUAAUUGGUUAGAACAUAAGUGCCAGAUUCUAAUUGGUAUACAGAACCGUAACACCCACUACCCAGCUGAUCAGGUAAAGAAAAGAGAGACAACGUAAUAGGAGUCUACCUGACUGAAUUUACACUGAGCUACAUUACUGUUGCAGCAUUGACACUAUAAUAUACAUGCUGUACAAGGGGUGCAAUGUGAUGCAAACUUCAUGUCAC